UUGGUACUUGAUUUCAAACUUGCUUCUAUUUUAGUUAAGGGUGAGAUAACAUUCAGUAUAAAGUGUGGGGGGUUUCAGCAACAAAGGACAGAAGACAGACGGUCAAGACGAAAGAUGGCCAGCAGGAAAGCUGUGGCAACUCGUGGUAAGGCAGCUGCUAAACGAGCACAGCGUGGAUCCUCCAAUGUUUUUUCUAUGUUUGAGCAGUCCCAGAUCCAGGAAUUUAAGGAGGCUUUCAGCUGUAUAGAUCAAAACCGUGAUGGGAUUAUCAGCAAAUCUGACCUAAAAGAAACAUACAUGCAACUGGGUAAAAUGAAUGCGAAUGAAGAAGAGCUGGAAGAGAUGCUGAAGGAAGGGAAGGGACCAAUUAAUUUCACUGUGUUCUUGUCACUGUUUGGUGAAAAACUGAAUGGAACGGACCCAGAAGAUUCUAUUGUCAGUGCUUUCAAACUACUAGACCCAAAUGGUACCGGCAAUGUCCACAAAGACGAGUUGAAGCUUCUCCUGAUGACCCAGGCGGAUAAAUUCACAGCAGAUGAGGUAGAACAAAUGUUCGCAGUUACUCCUAUUGAUGUGGCCGGAAAUAUUGACUACAAAUCUUUGUGUUACAUCAUCACACAUGGAGAUGAAAAGGAAGAAGCUUAAAGGUCAACCUUGUAUAUUCUAUCUCACACAAUUAAAAUUAUUUUUUCUAA